CAGCAAGGGGGCGGGGCGGCAAGAGUGUAAACAAACAUUCAGCAACACAUGCAGGUACAGCGUGUAACAUGCGGUCAUGUUUAACAGGAGGAGGAGCAGUAACUGAGUAUUUCUAACCUUAUCCUGACCUGCUCUGUAGGAAGGAGGAGGGUUCAAGCCCUGCCACGGAAACAAGCUCUCAGUCUUAACCGGCUAUGAGGUACAGCAUGACCAACAUCAUGUGGCUGCUCUGGCUGAACUCGCUGCUGUCCUACACAACACACCAAGCCUCUCUGACGGUGAGUCCCAGCAGCUCUCAGAUGUUUGAAGGACAGUCUGUCUCUCUGAGCUGUGAGGACGACAGCUCUGCUGGAUGGACGCUGCUCAGGAACUUGACUGAAGGAACCAGGACUCAGUGUGGAGAAUGGGGAGAGCCAGCUGGUUCUUCAUGUACCAUCAGCGCCAUCGUCCCAUGGGACAGUGGAGUUUACUGGUGUGAGUCCAGAGAGGGAGCAACCAGUAACACCAUCACCAUCACCGUCACUGGUGGAGCAGUGAUCCUGCAGAGUCCUGUCCUCCCUGUGAUGGAGGGAGAUAAUGUCACUGUGCACUGUAAAACAAAGAGCGCUUCCUCCGACCUCCCAGCUGGUUUCUAUAAAGAUGGCUCCUUCAUCAGGACGGAGCCGACAGGUCACAUGACCAUCCACCGUGUUUCCAGGGCUGAUGAAGGCCUCUACAGGUGUAAGAUGAGCGGUCAUGGAGAGUCUCCACCCAGCUGGAUCUCUGUCACAGGGAAACCGACCAUCACACCUCCUCCAACAACCUCCACUGGUUUCUCCUCCUCCUCCUCCUCUUCCUCUCCUCCUCUGUCACACUCUCUUGCUGUCUUAGUCUUGUUGUCCUUUCCCUCUCUCUGUGUUCUGGUUCUGCUGGUUCUACUGGUUCUACUGGUGAGAAGAUGUGUCCGGAGGAAACCUGAAGAGAGCGAUCCAGCUGCAGUCGACUCUGCAGUGACAAGAACAGAAGACUUCAGUUAUGAAGAGAGUGAUCCAGCUCCAGUUUAUUCAGCAGUGAGACGAGAUAAAGACGUCAGUUAUGGACAAAUAGUCAUCAGAGCAAACAGGACCAGAGACGUUCCAGCAGAGCCACAGGUCGUCUACUCUUCACUGAGGUCCACCUUCACACCUCCACAGCAGCUUGACCACUGAGGUCCAACUGCUGGGUCACUGCUCACCAACUGGUCUAUAGUGUGUGUGUGUGUGUGUGUGUGUGUGUGUGUGUGUGUGUGUGUGUGUGUGUGUGUGUGUGUGUGUGUGUGUGUG